AUGAUGGCCAUAUCAUAUCCGUCUCUAAUAUGCAUCCUCGACUUCCUCUUGUGCAUCCAUCGCUUCUCAGUGAUGUUCAUGGAUUCCGAAUUCUGGUCGACUCGAAUCCGAUGGAAGGGACCCUUAAUAUUCCUGAGCAGCUUACCAUUCAUCUUAUUCAUCGCCACCGAAUCAUUGGCCUACGCGAUGAACCAAUUCGGAAUUGCCGGCAGACGUGAUCGUCGUGCUAGCAUUCCAUUGAUGUGUUUCGCCUAUGAGCUUACUAUUAAAUCGAGCCUUGGCAGUUUGACUUUUAUUGGCUACCUCGUGAUAUUGAUGAAAGUGAUCGGUCAGAGUAGGAGGGUCGGCAGGACGAUCGAUUUCACUGUUAUCAGACAAGCUCUUCCGAUUGCCAGUGUUCAAUUUGUUACUAAUAUAUUGCUCCUUUUCUUGCACAUGGGCAAUUCUCAAGGAUUAUUGUCGUUCGGAAAAGUGUGCACAGCGAAGUACGCCUUCACUCAGCUUCUUUGCAUCGUGGUCCCAUUCUCAAUAAUUCUCGGAAAUCGAAAUCGACGCGAGAAAUUCGGCGAUUUCGCAAUUUGCUGCCGAAUCGUUCAUCGAAUUCGCCCUGCUGAUUAUAAUUCAACUAUUGAGACAACAUUUAAUUCUACUAAUUAG